AUGUUUAUUUUCACAUCUAGCACUAAAAUAAUAAAGUUGCUGGCUCUUUUAUUAUUUCAACUAAAUCUAGUAAAACUCCAUUUAGCUCAAAAUGGAAACAUUAAUAUUGAUGAACAAUUCUUUCGCUUUGACUACACAUUUUACCCUGAGCUAGAUGGAUGGCUGAAACUACACCGCAUACCUGCUACCUGGCACGACGCUCGACUUAGAUGCUAUCUUGAAGGAGCAGCGUUAGCUUCACCUUUAAAUACAAAACUUUUAACUGCUAUGAAAAAUUUUUCCAUUGAAGUCUUAACCGGUGUACAUUCAACAAUAUCUAAAGGAGAUUACUUCUCAGUUGAAGGAGUACCGCUGGCUAGAAUGCCAAUAAAAUGGGCACCAGGGGAACCAGACAAUUGCGAAAACAGCGAGGAAUGCCUGCUCCUUCAAUCUCAUGGAACAGUGGCUGACGUUAAAUGUUCGGAGGUUUUCCCCUUCAUAUGCUAUAAAAAAAGAACAAAACCGGCAAUUAUUACCGACUGUGGCACUACUGAUAUUGAGUACACUCAUGAUUCUAGAACCGGUAGCUGUUAUAAAUUCCACUACGUUGGCCGAUCUUGGCCUCGUGCUUUCAUGGCCUGUGCGUCAGAGGGUGGCCAUUUGGCCAUCAUAAACAGUGAUGUCGAAGCUCAAAUUCUAAAGGAGUUGUUUGCAAAGUAUCCCGAACAUAAAAUAAGUGCUGUAAAAAAAAACCUUGCUCAUGUUGGAUUCUAUGACUGGGGUGAACGUGGGGUGUGGAGUACAAUUCAUGGUCAAAGUCUCAGAGAAGCGGGAUAUGAAUCGUGGGGUAAAUGGCAGCCAGAUAAUGCAACUGCAGAAUAUUGCGGGUCUAUGUUCAAGGAUUCGUUAUUGAAUGAUAUUUGGUGCCAUUGCAUUGCACCGUUCAUCUGUGAGAAGAAACCAGAGAAUCUUUUACCCUACGAUUCCGAUAAUUAA